AUGGAAUCUUCUACAAAGGUAUUGGGAUUAAAAUGGGAUCCCUUAUCAGAUAAUUUUUCAUUCGAAAUAAAGCUUACGUGGAGAAAAUGGACAAAGAGACAACUUCUUUCAGUAAUAGCGCGAAUCUGGGAUCCUCUGGGUUUCCUAACUCCGAUAGUUGUUAAGAUAAAAAUAUUAUUGAAAAAAAUUUGGACAUUAAAAAUCGAUUGGGAUGAGGAAUUACCAUCAUUUAUUAUUACAUCAUGGUUAGCCGUAUAUUCCGAAUUAGAGCAUCUUAAUAACUAUCAGAUUCCGCGUUAUCUCGAAACGUCAAAACAAAACAAAUGUUCAUUAUUUGGUUUCGCGGAUAGUUCAGAGCAAGCGUAUGGAGCGGUAGUUUAUAUUAAAUCUCUUGGCAAUCCGAAUUUCUUGUUGAUUUCAAAAUCGCGUGUAACACCGAUUAAAAACCAAACAUUAGCCAGGCUUGAACUUUGUGCCUGUCAUUUACUGUCAAAACUUCUGAAUUUUAUAUUAACGAAUAACCAACAUAGUAUAGAUUUUGAUUCUAUUUACUGUUUUUCCGAUUCUAUGAUUGUCCUUCACUGGUUAGCAGGACCGGCUACUCGUUGGAAAACAUUUGUAGCCAAUAGGGUAACAAAAAUACGGGAUCUCAUUCCUAAUGCACAAUGGCUUCACAUUCCUUCUAAUCAAAAUGCAGCCGAUUGUGUUUCUCGAGGUCUUCGACCUAAGGAUUUUAUCCAACAUAAGAAUUGGUUGUUUGGGCCGGAUUGGUUGAAUGGUCCUAUAUCAACUUGGCCUGCAAAAACGGUUGAACCUUCCGGAGAUAUUGAUCAAGAAAGAAAAGCUAACGCUCUAAUAGUAAAGAGUGUCAUACCACCGAUCAAUCCUUUAUAUGAAUUAACGCAAAAAUUUUCUAAUUGGUGCAAACUUGUAAGAAUUUUCGCUUAUAUAUUGAAGUUUUGUAAAAUUAUAACAAAUCGAAACCGACUUUUGACUUCAGAUUUGAAACAAGCCGAGGUUAUUAUUAUUCGUUUAGUCCAAGAACAUCAUUUUCCCGAAGAAUUCAAACUAUUAACGAACGGAAAGUCUUGUUCGAAGAAGUUUUGCCGACUAAAUGUGGUUUUGGAUUCUAAUAAUUGUUUACGCGUUAAAGGUAGAUUAGGAUUAACAACUAAUAACAAUCCACUUCUUUUGCCAAAAAAGACCAAGUAG